CGGGAGCCAGACCAAAAAGAAAAUAGUCUCUUGAAGAAAGACACAAUGGGGCAAACUGGAAAGCCCAACAGGAACCUCCGCAAGGAGUACCGCGAGGCGCAAAAGAGCAAUGGCGCGGCGGCGCUUCCCAAGAAGAAAUUCUAUCGCCAACGCGCUCACGCGAAUCCGUUUUCUGAUCACAAUUUGACAUACCCCAUAUCGCCAGACCAUAUGGACUGGGCACCUCUGUAUCCAGCCUACAAAGCACCAGAUGCGGAUGAGGAUGCGGAUGUUGCCUCUAAAGACUCGGCAGCUGCCAAGUCACUGCCCAAGAGGUUAACGAAGGACGUCGAGGUUGCCGACAUUGGCUGUGGCUUUGGUGGCUUGCUGAUGGCUUUGUCACCCGCCCUCCCCGACUCCUUGAUACUGGGCAUGGAGAUCCGGACCCAGGUGACAGGCUUCGUGCAGGACAAGAUCCGGGCGCUGCGGACGCAGCACUCGGCGACGGAUCCGCAGGCGUACCAAAACAUCGCGUGCGUGCGGGCCAACACGAUGAAGUUCCUACCAAACUUUUUCACACGCGGGCAGCUCUCCAAGGUGUUCAUCUGCUUCCCGGACCCGCACUUCAAGGCGCGCAAGCACAAGCAGCGCAUCGUGUCGACGACGCUCAGCUCCGAGUACGCCUUUGUGUUGCGGCCGGGCUCGGGCAUCGUCUACACCAUCACCGACGUCAAGGACCUGCACGAGUGGAUGGUCGAGCACCUUGAGGCGCACCCGCUGUUUGAGAGGAUCGGGGACGAGGAGCAAGAGGCCGACCCUUGCGUCGCCAUCAUGCGCAGCGAGACGGAGGAGGGCAAGAAGGUCGAGAGGAACAAGGGACAAAAGUAUGUGGCUUUGUUCAGGAGAUUGGAGGAUCCGCCGUGGUGA